AUGGCUAUAAUAUUUUUUGCUUACAAUAAUUCUUAUAAAUCAUUAGAUAAUGCAUUUAUAGGUAUAUCAGAAAAUCCAAAAUUUAAUAAUAUAAUUCAACAUAAUAACAAUGAUAAGAAUAAAACAAUUAAAAUUGACAAAAUUGAAAUAACUGAAAGUAACAUUCUAUCAUUAUCAUCAUAUGGUAAUAUUAUUAAAUUUGAAAAUAAAAAAAUUAUACCAGAAAAUGUUGAGAUAUAUGAUAACAGAACCUUUUUAAAAUGGAAUUUAUUUGACAUUAAUAGUUAUCUUGAAAAAGGACAUAUAAAAGAAGGAGAAGAUAAAUAUAAAGCAAACAAAUUUAAUCAAGAAGCAAGUGAUAAUACUAAAUAUAAUAGAGAUAUACCAGAUACUAGAGAAGGAGAAUGUAAAUUAUUGAAGUAUGAUAUAAAUUUACUAGAAGCUACAUCAAUAGUAAUAACAUUUCAUAAUGAGGCAAGAAGUACAUUAAUGAGAACAAUAAUAUCGAUACUUAGAAGGACACCAGAAAAUUUAUUAAAAGAAAUUAUUCUUGUUGAUGAUUAUUCAGAUGAUCAAAGUGUAGGAAAAGAUUUAAUAGGUUUAGAAAAAGUUAUUCUUAUUAGAAAUACAAAAAGAGAAGGAUUAAUAAGAAGUAGAGUAAAAGGAGCUUCAAUAUCUACUGCAAAAAUAUUAACUUUUCUUGACUCACAUGUAGAAUGUAAUGUUAAAUGGAUAGAACCAUUAUUAUCAAGAAUUCGUGAUAAUUCAUAUGCUGUUGUUGCACCAGUAAUUGAUGUAAUUAAUAUGGAUACAUUUAAUUAUAUUGCAGCUAGCGCCGAUUUAAGAGGAGGUUUUGAAUGGAAUUUAGUUUUUAAAUGGGAAUAUUUAGAAAGUAAUGCUAGAGAAGAACGAAGAAGAAAUAUGACAGCACCAGUUAAAAGUCCUGUUAUGGCAGGAGGACUUUUUGCUAUAAGAAAAGAUUGGUUUGAAAAACUUGGAACAUAUGAUCUUGGAAUGGAUGUUUGGGGUGGUGAAAAUAUUGAAAUGAGUUUUAGAGUAUGGCAAUGUGGUGGAUCAUUAGAAAUUGUUCCUUGUUCACGAGUUGGGCAUGUUUUUAGAAAACAACAUCCUUAUACAUUUCCAGGUGGUAGUGGUAAUGUUUUUCAAAGAAAUACAAAACGUGCAGCUGCCGUAUGGAUGGAUGAUUAUAUAGAAUUUUAUCUUCAAAAAGUUCCUUCAGCUAGAUAUAUUAAAACAGGAGAUAUUAGUGAACGUUUAAAAUAUAGAGAACAAUUAAAGUGUAAAAAUUUUGAUUGGUAUUUAAAAAAUGUAUAUCCAGAAUUAAAAAUUCCUAAAAGUUUAGUUAAUGAACAUUAUACUUUUAGAAUAAAUACACAUUGUUUAGAUUCACUUGGUGAAACAAAAGAAGGAUCUUUACCUGGUAUAUAUCCUUGUCAUAAAGAUGGUGGAAAUCAAGAAUGGAUAUUCAAUAUUCAAUCAAAUAAAAUUUCUAAUGUUGGAAAUUCAUUAUGUCUUGAAAUCAAUUCAGAUGGAAAUCUUUAUCAUAGUAAAUGCAAUUCAUCAAUAAAUCGGUGGCAAUUUAUUAAAACUAAUGGUUUGAUUAAACAAAAAAAUUCUUGUAUUACAUUAGUUGAAAAUAUAGAAACUGAAAGUGAUGUAGGCGCUUCAUUUAUUCGUGCUUUACCGUGUAAUAAAGAUGAUCCAAAACAAAAAUGGAGUAUAGAAAAAAUUAAAUAG